ACCUAACAACGACAACAAGUUUUUAAAAUUAAGCUUUAAAUUUUUUCCUUUAAUCUUGUUAAAAUACUGCUUGUGUCAUCUUUAAAUAUAAAUUUAAAUAUAAAGCAGUAGGGGGAAAGGCGGUAUUAAAAAAGCUCUUCAGAAUUUCAUGCUUUAUAUAUGAGGUUUGGGACAUGGGUCCAGAUACAGGCCCCUGGAGGCCAGAGGGGUUCUUAGUGAACUCUCAAUAUAUUUUGUGGGUAGAUUUAGGCUGUUUAUUUUCUAAGAGAAGGCUCUCACUUUUAUGAUUUGCUGGGCCCACAAUUAUUUAAAUAAUCUCUGGCUAUUAGGAGAGUUAUUUUCAGGUAAUCUAAUGUAGUCUCUUCAUUCAGCACUAGGAAGGUUAUAUUUGAGAAAGUUUCUGACACAUAAAAUAACAAUUUUAGAACAAUUUUGAAAAUGAGACACAUAAUAAGUGAGCCCCAGAUUCAGGUACAGUAAAAAUGAUUGGAUCAUUUUGGGGUCCUCACAGACAUCCUGCUAGCCUUCUAAUAAAUUCAAUUUUCAAGUUAAAUUAAUCUUGAAGUCGGUUUCUAUUUACUACAAUUCAAAAUAUAUGUUGACUAAAACACACAGUUCUUACGCUCAAGUAACACUCUAUUCAACUUUGCACUGGAGGUCCUAGUAUAGUGAGGAAACAAAAGAAGUUUGAGGAUUGCAAAGGGAAAAGCAAAACUGUAUUAAACACAGACAUGAUUAGAAAAUCCCAAUGACUCUAUAGAAAACUAAUCAUUAAAAGAGUUUAACAGCUCUUUUUCCGGCUGGAACCAUGGAGGGUGUCGAAGAAAAGAAAAAGAAGGUUCCUGAUGUGCCAGAAACCCUUAAGAAAAAGCGAAGGAAUUUCGCAGAACUAAAGAUCAAGCGCCUGAGAAAGAAGUUUGCCCAAAAGAUGCUUCGAAAGGCAAGGAGGAAGCUUAUCUAUGAAAAAGCUAAGCACUAUCACAAGGAGUAUAGGCAGAUGUACAGGACUGAAAUUCGAAUGGCUAGGAUGGCAAGAAAAGCUGGCAACUUCUGUGUACCUGCAGAACCCAAGUUGGCAUUUGUUAUCAGGAUCAGAGGUAUCAAUGGUGUGAGCCCAAAGGUUCGAAAGGUGUUGCAGCUUCUUCGCCUUCGCCAGAUCUUCAAUGGCACUUCUGUUAAGCUCAACAAGGCUUCAAUUAACAUGCUGAGAACUGUGGAACCAUAUAUUGCGUGGGGAUUCCCAAACCUGAAGUCAGUGAAUGAACUGAUCUAUAAGCAUGGUUAUGGCGAGAUCAAUAAGAAGCGAAUUGCCCUGACGGAUAACACUUUGAUGGCACGAUCUCUUGGUAAAUAUGGCAUCAUCUGCAUGGAGGAUCUGAUUCAUGAGAUCUAUACUGUUGGGAAACGCUUCAAAGAAGCAAACGACUUCCUGUGGCCCUUCAAAUUAUCUUCUCCACGAGGUGGAAUGAAGAAAAAGACCACCCAUUUUGUAGAAGGUGGAGAUGCUGGCAACAGGGAAGACCAGAUCAACAGGCUUAUUAGAAGGAUGAACUAAAGGUGUCUACCGUGAUUAUUUUUGUAAUCUGGUCAGUUAAUAAAACUGUAACUGCUUUCAAAUUGAGAAAAAAAAAACGAGUUUAACAAGGUAGCUACAUAAGAAAUGAUUAACAAAAAUGAAUUCCAUUUAUACAACCAACAAAACACAGAAAAUAUACAUUUUAAAAAGAUACCAAUUUCAAUAACAAACUUAUACUUAGGAGUAAAUCUAAC